GACUUGAGUGGGAGAAAGGUUAAAGAUCAGAUAGGAAAUUGAGAGGGUGACAAAGUCAAGGAAGCAGUACAUAUUUUCAGGUACGGGUGACCUGAGCAUGUUUGUCAACUAGGGGAGAGGAGACAAGGAAAGGAAAAGAGGGAAGAUUAUGCACAUAGUAGUUGUAGAGGCAACUGGAAAAGAGAGGUAAGAAGAUAUCCCAAAGUGUUGGUCUUGUAAAGGAAGAGUGACACUUCUUCCUUUGAGUCCAAAAGAAAAAAAGUUGAAGUGGAAAGGAAUUCUUGUGUGAGAAUCAAGUGUGGUGACAGACAGAGGGGGAACAAUUAAGAGGUUCAAAUUUUUGACCUCAAGUUCACAAACUAGGAGGGGCCUUCUGCAGAAAGGAGAUGGAGACCCGUGGAAUGACUUGUUGAAUGGAAACAUUUGAAGAGUUAGUUACCUGGAGGGAUGUUACAGGGAGUCAAUAAAAGACAGUGCUGGGCUGCACUGAGAGCCCAGCAGUGAAGUCAGUCAGGGAACCUGGGGCUCAGCCAGCAUGUUCUGUGAUUUUUUCCAGUAAUACAACUCGGCCCAGGAAUUGGGGAAGGUGGGUGUGGAAUGGACGUGGGGGCAGGAAGCAACAGCCCUGGUCUGUUAAGUGACCAGCAGGUAGACAAGCAAGGGGGACAGAAUGGGGUAGUCUAGGCUGGGUAAGGAAUCAAGUAAGACCAAAUCGGGUCCGGAGAUUUGAGACUAGCAAAGUGAGAACGUGAGAGAUAGCUGUGGUCAAAGCGGGCAGCUCUGAAUCACGGAAGCCAAACCUUUUCCAGAGAUAAAAGCUACAGAUGUGCUCCCACGGGGGCUGCAGGAGACCAGGGAAUGGCGGAGUCGAAGGACAUAGCAACUGAGGAAACCGGGGAAUUAUGAGGCAUUUGUUAAAUGCAACCGACACAAAUGUUAAUAUUAAAGGAAGCCCAGCAGAGGGGGGAAAAGCCUAGGCAAUUCUACCGUCAAAGAGUGCCGCUUUGGAUAAGUAACUGCCCUUCUCUAGAACUGAAUGAGAAGACUUCUCGGGGCUCUAGACGGUAAGAAUUUUUAGGAUAACGGCAAGGGACUGGCUGAUCAGCGAGACCCCUUCCGUUGGGCCGUCCCUCUCCGAAGUGGCAUCCGGAACCUUUCUGCUGUGCUUUUUGUCCGGACGUGCCGAAGCGGAGGCCGGAAGUCCUUUGCCCGGACGUUCCGGGUUUCCUGGACUACUACAAUGGCGAUGAGUUUCGAGUGGCCGUGGCAGUAUCGCUUCCCGCCCUUCUUUACGUUGCAGCCGAACGUGGACACUCGGCAGAAGCAGCUGGCCGCCUGGUGCUCGCUGGUCCUGUCCUUCUGCCGCCUGCACAAACAAUCCAGCAUGACGGUGAUGGAAGCUCAGGAGAGCCCGCUCUUCAACAACGUGAAGCUACAGCGCAAGCUUCCUGUGGAAUCAAUUCAGGUUGUAUUAGAGGAACUAAGGAAGAAAGGGAACCUGGAGUGGUUGGAUAAGAACAAGUCUAGCUUCCUGAUCAUGUGGCGAAGGCCAGAAGAAUGGGGGAAACUCAUCUAUCAGUGGGUUUCCAGGAGUGGCCAGAACAACUCCGUGUUUACCCUGUAUGAACUGACCAAUGGGGACGACACAGAGAAUGAGGAGGGCUCAAGAUUUGUGGGCGUCAGCUGAAGGGAUUGGGCCAACACCCCCAUCCCCACCCCCAGGCCUUUUAAAUACUUUGGUUUCUGGCCAGGCAAGGAUUUGUAUACUGUUUGAUUUUUACAUAGUGUAAAUAUAUUCUUAGCUCUUUUA